AAUAAAAUUGCAUAUAAUCCCUGACAUUCAUAUGUGUAAUGAUUGUAUUUGUGUUCCAGGAAAAAUGGCAAAGGUUUUGAUGCUGAAUUUGCAGAAGAUUGCUCUCACAAAUUUAACUGCUGAUGUUGAGGCGUUUUUGGCCGAGGGGCCGGACUACGCGGCGCUGUACGGGGCGCUGCGCACAGCUGCCGGGCAGCUGCAGCACCGGGCCGCGCAGCUGUCGGCCGAGCAGCAGCUGCAGCUGCUCGCCGCCUCGGACAGAUGCUGCGCCGCCGUCACUGCCGUCCCCGAGGACGUGCUGAUAAAGUUCUGCGACCAGGUCUACUUCUUCACCUACACCUGUGCCCUAAAGGAGCACCAUGAGCUGGUGCUAUCGUUCGCGGGGCACCUGGACAGACUGCUGCCGAGCGACCCGACAGCCACUCCGGCGGCGCCCGUCUUCCUCAACCACUCGAACCUGCUGCUGAAGACGGCCUACCAGGCGCGCUCGGCGCCGCUGGCGGCUGGUCUGCUGCGCGCCAGCCUACGCAACCUGCUGCUCAGCCGGCCCGGCGCCGACAAACUGUCCCAGACGGCGCACCAGGUGGCCGACUACUGA